AUGAAGUUCAUUGUAAACACCGUCGCCUUCUUCGCACUUUUUCAUGUCAUAUCUGGAUUGGCUGGGAAGGCUCCCACAAAAACACUGAACGAUGGCAACCAAAUUCCCAUGCUGGCUUUGGGAACGUAUGGUUUCGAUGACAUCCCAAGAAUGCGUCAAGCAGUCAACUGGGCUAUAGAAGCUGGUUACCGCCAUAUUGACACUGCAGCUCUUUAUGAAAAUGAAGAAGAGAUCGGUAAAGGUAUCAGUGAUGUGAUAAAACAUGGACUUGUGAAGAGAGAAGAUCUUUUUAUUACUACUAAGCUGUGGAAUGACAAGCACGCUCGUCAUCAAGUGGUGCCGGCUCUGCAGGAGUCUCUCUCCAAGCUGGGUCUAGACUACGUAGACCUAUAUCUUAUCCACUCGCCAGAAGCCAGCAACGCUGACGGUUCUCCCGCUAACAUUGAUUACUUGGAAACAUGGAAGGGUAUGGAAGAAGCCAAGAAGCUUGGCCUGGCCAGGUCCAUUGGAGUGUCCAACUUCAACACAGAACAGAUUGACAGGAUCAUUAAGAACAGCUUGAUUGUUCCAGCUGUUAACCAAAUUGAGGUCCAUCCUUCAAAUUCUCAAGAAGAAGCAGUAAAGGACUGCUUUGAGCGCAACAUUGCAGUUAUGGCAUACAGUCCUCUCGGUUUCUUCGUCUCUAGAGGACAAAAUGGACGACCAGGCAAGGAUGACCCCAAGAUUCUAAACAUCGCUAGGAAAUACAACAAGACUGUUACACAAAUCGUUCUGCGGUACUUGCUGGAGAGAGACCUCAUCGUUCUCCCCAAGUCCGCCAAGAGGCACCGCAUUGAAGAGAACAUCAACGUCUUCGAUUUCCACCUGACUCCUGAGGAGAUGGCAGUGAUGAAGACCUUCAAUUCCAACACCAGUAUUUUUGACUAG